GCAGUGUGGUUGCCAGAGUCCAGAGAGAGAGAGCCUGCAGCUCCAGAGGCCGCCGCUGUCAGCACGAGCAUGUCUUACAGCGUGACCCUGACCGGGCCCGGGCCCUGGGGCUUCCGUCUCCAGGGGGGCAAGGACUUCAACAUGCCGCUCACUAUCUCCCGGAUCACACCAGGGAGCAAGGCUGCCCAGUCCCAGCUCAGCCAGGGUGACCUCGUGGUGGCCAUUGACGGAGUCAACACAGACACCAUGACCCACCUGGAAGCCCAGAACAAGAUCAAGUCUGCCAACUACAACCUGAGUCUCACGCUGCAGAAGUCGAAGCGCCCCAUCCCCAUCUCCACAACAGCGCCUCCGGUCCAGUCCCCUCUGCCGGUGAUCCCCCACCAGAAGGACCCUGCUCAGGACACGAACGGCAGCCUGGCGGCGCUCAGCCCCAACCCCAAGGCGAGGGCCAGCCUUGGCACCCCGGGCACCCUGGGCACCCCGGAGCUCAGGCAGACCUUUAGCUCCUCCUUCUCCCAGACCUCCGUCUUCUCACACACGGGGGCCUCUGAGCCCGGCCCUCCACGGGGCAGCCCGGGGGCCAAGACCGGCCUGGAGGGAGCCCUGGACUCACUCAGCCCGAAAGUCCCGCAGGGCUCGAGCCAGCCGAGGCAGUAUAACAACCCCAUUGGCCUGUACUCGGCAGAGACCCUGAGGGAGAUGGCUCAGAUGUAUCAGAUGAGCCUCCGAGGGAAGGCCCCAGGUGCCGGACUCCCAGGAGGGAGCCUUCCUAUUAAAGACCUUGCGGUGGACAGCGCCUCCCCGGUGUACCAGGCCGUGAUUAAGAACCAGAACAAGCCGGAAGAUGAGGCUGACGAGUGGGCCCGCCGCUCCUCCAACCUACAGUCUCGCUCCUUCCGCAUCCUGGCCCAGAUGACUGGGACAGAAUACAUGCAAGACCCUGAUGAAGAAGCUUUGCGAAGGUCAAGGCCCCAGGCCUCUGCCUACAGUCCCGCCAAGGCGACCUCUCCAGCACCUGCCACUCAUACAUACAGUGAGGCCUCAGCUGCCCCUGCGCCCAAGCCCCGGGUUGUCACCACCGCCAGCAUCCGGCCUUCUGUCUACCAGCCAGUGCCUGCAUCUACCUACAGCCCAUCCCCAGGGGCCAAUUAUAGUCCAGCUCCCUACACCCCCUCACCUGCCCCUGCCUACACCCCCUCGCCUGCCCCCACCUACUCCCCUUCUCCGGCACCAGCCUAUACCCCCUCGCCAGCCCCAAGCUAUAACCCUGCACCCUCAGCGGCCUACAGUGGGGGCCCUGUGGAGUCUGCCAGCCGCCCCCCAUGGGUGACAGAUGACAGCUUCUCUCAGAAGUUUGCCCCUGGCAAGAGUACCACCUCCAUCAGCAAGCAGACCCUGCCCCGAGGGACCCCUGCCUACACCCCGACAGGGCCCCAGGGGUCUCCCCUGGCCAGGGGCAUCGUUCAGCGGGCUGAGCGUUUCCCAGCCAGCAGCAGGACUCCGCUCUGUGGCCACUGCAGCAACGUCAUCAGGGGCCCCUUUCUGGUAGCCAUGGGCCGUUCCUGGCACCCAGAAGAGUUCAACUGUGCCUACUGCAAGACCUCCCUGGCUGACAUGUGCUUUGUGGAGGAGCAGAACAAUGUGUACUGCGAGCGCUGUUACGAGCAGUUCUUUGCCCCAAUCUGUGCCAAGUGCAACACCAAAAUCAUGGGGGAAGUGAUGCAUGCCCUGAGACAGACAUGGCACACCACCUGCUUCGUCUGCGCAGCUUGCAAAAAGCCCUUUGGGAACAGCCUCUUCCACAUGGAAGAUGGGGAGCCCUACUGCGAGAAAGACUACGUCAAUCUGUUCAGCACCAAGUGUCAUGGCUGCGAUUUCCCCGUGGAGGCUGGGGACAAGUUUAUUGAAGCCCUGGGACACACCUGGCAUGACACCUGCUUCAUCUGCGCAGUCUGCCACGUGAAUCUGGAGGGGCAGCCAUUCUACUCCAAGAAGGACAAACCCCUGUGCAAGAAGCACGCACAUGCCAUCAACGUGUAGGGAGCCCAGAGCGUCUGAUGAGGACAGGCCGGGAGCUGCUCCUGCCGCUGACAAUAAAGGAUUCAAGGAGGCUGACGUUUCUUUUUGGGGGAAAGGGGGAAGACAGGAAGCUACUGAGCCCUUUUGAAGUAUAAUUUUAGUCCUUCCUUCUGCACACAGAUCGUGUAUUUGCAUAGUUCAGACUAGAAGCCAAAUGAAGAUUCCUCAACCAAGCUAGUAACUAAUCCAAGGCUGGAGUGGUAAUUCAGAUGCUCAGGACAGAGUUCCAAGAACUCCAGAGUGGAAAACAAAAAAGUCAUUUUCUCGAAGCGAUACCCUUCCCUGAGGUCACCAGCGCAGGGACAGAGCUCAGAGCGGUUAUGGAGACUCUGGAGCAUGCGUUGGAGUACUCUAGAGCUCCUCUGGCAAACAGAACGAAGUGCUUAACAGUACUUGCUG